AUAUGUUGUGUACGCGUAUGAAACACGAAUCUUUCAAUUGUUUGAUUGGCUCGGUCGUCAACAUUUUACCAGACAUGACAGGUGAAUAACUUUAAAAUUGAUGCUAAUUUUCUCAUACUGCAAAUUUGUCAGUAUAUGCAACACAUCUCAAUGCAAACUUUGCAUCUUGCUGCGGCCUACACAAUUUUGGUGAAAGGUUUCUUCAUCUUCAAAUGAUGAAUUCAUCCAAGCUGGCAAGCAUUGUUUUAUUGUUGAUCUUUAAUUGGACAUUUUUUUGUGCAGGAAUAUUUCUAAAUUCCGUUGUUAUCAUCAGUAUACGGCGAUCAUCACAACUGCGGAAAAAGCUUUGUUAUUUCAUGAUAUGUCUGUUGUCUUGUGCUGACUUCGCUGUUGUUGUAAUUAUUCAUCCAUCUAUCGCGUGGAUCGCUUAUUAUUAUGGAGAGAAGUAUAAAACUAACGAAAUUAUCUUUCGAAGUGUCUUUUUCGUCGUACUAGGUAUUUCAGUUUUGAUGGUAUUGACACUGAACAUCGAACGAUUCUUGGCAGUCAAAUUUCCUUUUUUUCAUCAAACGCAAGUAACAAAAAAGAGUUUAAUAGCUUUCGCUGCAUGCCUGGUAUGUUUUUUCGUUCUUCUACAAAGUCUCGUUUGGUUGAACAUUAUACAGAGCACAUUGUACAUUACUCUUCCUCUGUUCUCAGUUAUCCUUGUUUACUUAAACUUUGAAAUGUAUAAAAUUGCAAGAUCAAAAGAAAGAAACAUGGCACGCAUGAAUUCAAUGGACAAUAGUACAAGGAAUUAUCAGAAGACAUCAGUGCCAACGUUUUUGAUUGUCAUCUUGUUAAUGUUUUUCAUGCUUCCUCGUGCUGUAACAUCCGCGUACAUUAGCUACAGUUCAAAUAUAACUUUUCACAAAAUACUAAAAGUUCAUCUUGAACUUUGGAGUAACACCAUUAUGGCUAUGAGCUCAUCUUUUAAUUGUCUGGUGUUUUUUUGGAAAAUUUCAAUAUUGCGUCGUGAAGGAUUAAAGAUUGUCGGGAAACUAAAUUUUUGCAAAACAUUAGAGGAAUGAACUUAGUUGUUGUUAAUGACUCUAAUCGAAAAUAAACGUCAAUUCGAAAAUAUGUUUCACAAUGUCGUAAUAUUUCGUAUAAAUGUUAGCACAUUGCAAAAAUAAGUAUUAUGCAGCCCCAACGCAUGCAGGGAACAGCUAACUAAAAUAUUUAUUAGAGAAAGAAAUGAUAAUCUAUAAAAAUGUUGUUAGGUUAUAAUUUGUUAUUAACUUUUUUAACUGUAAACAAAUUCAAACAAAAAAAGUUGUUUCGCUCUUCUAAA